GCAAGUCUCUCUCUCUUCUCAAUCUGGUCAAAUUACUUCGUAAAGAUCUUCAUCGAUUCCGCUUCCAAUCUAAAAGAAUAUCUGAAACAAACAGGAGCUGGAAAUGGAUAAAUUGUUCGGUCUUGUUAGAAUCCAUGUAAAAAGAGGAAUCAACCUCGCCGUCCGUGAUUGUAAUACUAGCGACCCUUAUGUUGUUGUUCGCAUGGGCAAACAGAAACUAAAGACUCGUGUAGUUCAUAAGAAUAUAAAUCCGGAGUGGAAUGAAGAUCUGACUCUUUCCAUUGCAGACACCAGUUUGCCUGUCCAGAUUUUUGUGUACGAUAAGGAUGUGUUUAGCCUCGACGAUAAGAUGGGGGAUGCAGAUUUCGACAUAAGGCCAUUCAUAGAAGCAGUAAAAAUGCGAUUGGACGAACUCCCGAGUGGAACAAUUAUCACGAAAGUGAAAUCAGGAAGGGACAACUGUCUUUCUGAAGAGAGUUGCGUCGUGUGGGAAAAUGGAAAGGUCGUUCAAAAGAUGAUCCUUAGACUGCGUAAUGUCGAGCGUGGUGAAGUCGAGCUCCAACUUCAAUGGAUUGAUAUUCCGGGUUCGAGAGGAUUGUAAGUUUUUGUUUUUGUUUUGAAGUAUUGUUGAAUUUUAAUUUGUGUCAUUAGUAAUAAGACAUGUAAAAAAAGGAUUGUUGAUUUCAAUUUGGUGUUUAUUGCUCACUACCAAUGAAUUGUCAGGGUAUCUUUGGCAGAUGACAUUAUUGUGAGACCUUUUAUUCUUUUACUU